AAAGUUUUGAAAAAAAUCCGAAGCAAAAUGUCUACCCAAUUGGAAUUCAUAAUGCAGUUGUACAUGAUGAAUCUCUUGCAACAACAACAGCAAAUGCAACAAAAUCAGCAGCAGCAACAACAGCAACAGUCACAACAAUUUGCCCCAAGUCCUGUCAAGGCCAAGGAUUCAUUGGAAUCAGCAGCAGCUGCAAUGACAAAUUUAAGGACCCAGAAACGCAAACUCUCCCAAAACACCAACACCAGUAGUAGUAGCCGUAGUUGUAGUCCCAAUAGUAAUUUGAGCAUCCAACAGCCACAACAACAACAACACUUAACACCCAGCUUUCCCAUCUCCACUGCUACUCCUCAAAUUUCCCUACUACAACAACAGCAACAACUACUCUUGCAACAGCAGCAGCAACAAACUCAGGCUGCCAUGAACCCCAUGUUGUUGAAUAAUUUGCCGGCCUUGACCCAAUUGAUGUUGCUGCAGCAGCAACAACAACAGCAAAUAACCUCCUCCAAUCUCCUGCUAACACCCACCACACCCAACUCCUCCUCCCACACCUCGUCCUGUACCCCCUCAUCCUCCUCCCCCAUGGCGGCGAAUUAUUUGGCCAACAGUUUUGGGGUUUAUGCUGGAGCCAGCGUUUCCAGCGCUGCUGGCUUUUCCACUUCCGCUGCCACACCUCCUCCUCCAUCUCAUCCUCAUCAGCCAUCUAGUGCUUCUCUUUUCUUUCCCUCUUCUGCUUUUCCAGCACAAAAUUCUAGCUCUUCUUUUAUAGCCACCUCCACCUCCUCACCAAGCCAUAAUUUUCUUCAAUCAUCUACAGUGACAUCGACACCAAAUGCCGCCGUCGGCUCCACCAGCGCCGCUUUGGAUGUCCACAAUGUAGACGACACUGAAGAGGAUAAUGGCGAAGAAAUGGAUGUUAAAUUCAUUAAAACCGAACAAUUGACCAACGAAGUUAUGCACUUAACGGCAUCGGCCCAUUCCACAUCCGGUUUGAGGCCAUUGGAAUUGACCUCGGAUUCCAUGGAGGAUUCCAAACAAAUGCCCUUUACUCCCGAGAAAUCGGAAUACUCCCUGAAACCCCUCGCAGACCAUGAUCCCUCAAAUGUAACCCCGGUGACUUUGAAGAAUGCCAUACUAACACCACCCUCAAGUGAACAGCUUUCUUCAAAGCACACCGGCAGUUCGGCAUUUGAGGGUUCAUCGUCUUCGGCGGGUAUGAAUAAAUCCUCGUCGACGGCCUCCAAUUCCUCGGCCACCUCGGCCACAAAUUCUACCACAAAUCUAACGGGCAGUACUUGUGUCUCGGCGACGGGUGUGGAUAGUUUCCUGACCGAGGAGAACCUUAAACAUUUAAGGAAAAACUCCUCAUAUUUGGAGUGUGAAAAUCCGCUGUGUCGCCAAGAGAAUCUACGCGAACAUUUCCACUGCUAUGAGGAACCUUGCCAGGGAAAGAUCCUUAGCAAAAAAGAUGAUAUCAUACGCCAUUUGAAGUGGCACAAGAAACGCAAGGAGAGUCUACUCUUGGGUUUUGCCCGUUUCUCGUCAUCCGAUGACUGUGCUCCCGAAUAUGGUGCCGGUUGUGCCUACAAUUGGAAACAGACCCAUUAUCAUUGUAUCUAUGAGGAUUGUCCCAAGGUCUAUGUCAGCACCAGUGAUGUCCAAAUGCAUGCCAAUUUCCAUCGUAAAAAUUCGGAAAUUGUCCAGGAAGGUUUCCGGCGCUUCCGGGCCCAUGAAAACUGCAAGAUUGAGGAGUGUCCCUUCUAUGGCAAGAAGACCUCCCACUAUCACUGCUGUCGCGAGGGCUGCAAUCACACCUUCAAGAACAAGGCCGAUAUGGAAAAACACAAGGUCUACCACAUGAAGGACCAUCAACUGACCCAGGAUGGCUUCAAAAAGAUUCUGAAAACCGAAAAAUGUCCCUUCGAUGACUGCAAAUACUCCUGUGUCUCCAAUCACAUCCAUUGUGUGCGGGAGAAUUGCAAUUACAUUCUGCACUCCAGUACCCAAAUGAUUUCGCACAAACGUAAACAUGAUCGGGCCGAGGGGGAGCAAAACUAUCAGCAGUUCAAAGGCCAAAGGGAUUCCAGCGAAGAAGAGUCGCCCAACAGUGUGGGCGCCAUGCCACCAGCAGCCGUUACUGCCAACAAAAAUCUAAGCACAAAUACCUCAACCCCCUUGUCUUCGCUGUCCGCCGAACACUUCUUGGCCCGCAAAAGGGGUAGGCCACCAAAGAAAAUUCAAUUACCUGCCGAAGCCAGUGAGGCCAAACGCCUGAAAUUGGAAUCGCCAGCCGACUCAAACUCCAACAGCUCCAUUUCAAAUGCCAAUCUGCCGGCGGUCGGUACAGCAAAUCCCUUGGCCCCCACCAUGCCCCUGAUGAACCCCUUUAUGGCCAACUUCAAUCCCGCCAAUGUGGAUCCCAAUGCUCCCAACUUCCAGCUGACUCAUUUGAUGGCUCUCUUUCAACUGCAAAAUCCUCUCUUCUAUCAAAAUCUGUAUCCCCGAGGUCUAACAGCUGCCAAUAUGGCCAAUUUAUUGGGUUCCAGCACUUUGCCUGCUGCAGCGGCUCCCAACACCCCCACGACCAAUGUGAAACAGGAAUUCAAUGAGAAACCAGAAUUUAAGGAAUGAAAAGGGUAUUAUAGGGUUCUAUUAUAGACUUGGUUUUUUAACUCCACCCUGGCAUGGCCCUAUGCAAAAUGUUUGGCUUUCGAACAUUUUUUUUCUGGGCCUGGAUGGGCAUUAAAAGGCGAUCUUGUUUUUUAGAUCUUUGAACGCACAGAAGAUCCAGGGAGAUCGUCUCCUUUUUUGAGCAAUAGGAAAAAAGGAAUUGGGCUGGCUUGUCGACACCGAUAAGCUUAAGGCUUUAAUUCCUUGGGAAUAGAGAAAAAAGACAGGCAGGUUAGGUAGAGCGUGAGAGAGAGAAAAAGAGAGAGAGAGUGAGAAAAAAAUCCUCUCCCUUAAAGGUUUUACUUAUCAAGGACACAAAACGACAGUCCGCAUAAGUAAAGGUCCAAAGAUUUGGAAAAUUUCUUUCAAAAGAUUUUUCUUCUUUAGAUUCUGAAAAUUUUUGCAACAAAUUUUCCAAUUUUUGGCAUAUUUUUCAUAUUUUCCAAACCCACAAAUGUCUUGAUUUGAAA